UCGAGCGCCUGCUCGCCCGCGCUUUUCAGGCUUCUGUUUUCUUCGGGAGGUUCUGUGUUUUCGGAAGAGGUUGCACGGUUCGUUUUAUCCGGCGGCCGUGGUCCUUCCCUGAAUGUGGAAAUGCCGUAGGUAUCUCCUCCCCAGGUAUUGCUGUUUGUCGGGCCCCGCUGAGAGCAAGAAGAGUAAAUAUGUUAAAAGAUCACUGAAAUUGGAUUAUCUGUCAGAAGCAAAUUCACUUGAUCCUUCAAAAAUCACAAAGAAGAAAAGUAUUACAAAUUAUUCUCCAACAACUGGAACUUGUCGAUUGAGCCCAUUUGCUUCUCCCACAAGCUCUAAAGAACAUGAGCACAUAAAUGGACCAUCAAAUGGAAAGAGAAAAAAACUGAAUCAUCUCAGUUUAACCAAAAGAAAGGAAUCUACAAAAGACGAUGAAUUAAUGGUGUUGCUAUCUAAAGUUGAUAAAUCAUCAGAAGAAAUCAUGGAAAUAAUACAAAGUUUAAGUAUUACACAGGCUUUGGAGGACAGUAGAAAGCUUGAAAAUCUCAUUGGUAUCUCCUAUGGACCAUGUUUCUUAAAAAGAGAAAUGAAGAAAACGAAAGAACUAAUGACAAAAAUAAUAAAACAAAAACUGUUUGAAAAGAAGAGUUCAGAACUUUCUAACAAAGAAUUAUGUCGUCUUGACAGCUAUGAAUUCCUUAAAGCCAUUUUAAAUUGAGGUAUUUGGAAGAAAUGUACUUACUAUGAACACCAACUUCUGCAUCUGCCUGAUCAUAUUUAAAGGAACAGAAAUGUCUGUAAUUAAUCUGCCCAGUAAAUACCAGAUCACAGCACUAGGCAGGUGUGUGUCUAGAUAAAAUUUCUUGCAGCUAAUUUAAACUUUCUACACACACCAGUAGAUAAUCUCAAUGUAAAUAAUACAUUUCUUCUUGACCCUUUAAUGAAUAAGCCAACAUGUGGACAAGGAUCUUGACUUAUGUUCUAUAUCAUGUACACUUCUGUAUCCUUUAGGCAUUUGUGGAUAGACUUAAUAAAGCAUUUAUGAAAAUGGC